AGGAGGAAGGUGGUGGCAUUGAUGUAACAUAUAAUACGUUGCUCGAAGAAGGAGACGAGGAAUCGGAUCUAGGAAGCAUCCCAAAUUCAUUUCGUCAACUAAGGGAACAUCAUUUCCCACUAUUUAUUACCUACAAUAAGUUUUCUAAAAUGCUUCAAGGAACUUAUGGUAUUGAUUCACAGAAAUUGACUACACAACCAAGGUCUUAUGUGGAUGAUUUUAGUGCGGAAGAAGAAGACGAUGAUGAACUAAGCUCCAAAUCCUCAUCUAUCAAUAAAUCAAACUUACCACGGCAAAAUUUUGUUGACUACAAGAGUUUUCAUACGAAUUAUUGGCCUCAUUUCAGUGAUAGUUAUAAGAAGAAUCUGGAUUGUGAAUUAGUCUUUUCUGAAUUUUCUGUUAUUAAAGGCUCAAAUCCAGAAGUGGACUGUUUAUCAAGAGAAGAUUAUCGAGCUAUUAGUGUCAAGAAAUAUCCAACAUUUUGUCAUAACCGUGAUAAAAUUUAUGAUUUAUUUCAGCAAUAUGAAAAGAUGAAAGCACAGCGUGGUGAUUAUGAUUCUAUAGAUCG